AUAUAUUUAUUGCAAAAUUUUUUCCCCUUCUUUCUUUAGCUUUUUCUCUCUUUCUUGAACAACCAAGAUUUUCUUCGAUUUGUUGAUCUGCUUUUGUCUUAAAAAGGAGCAGUUUGCUGAUCUCUAAUCUUGAACUGAUUGGGAUGAUUGAUGAGUUGCCUACAGCCGAAAAUCUCUCACAAGAAACGGCAAAGAUUGGAUUUUUAUGAGAUGGGCAGCUGUGGGAAGCUGAGAAGACGCUUUUGAUGGUCAAAAUUUGUGUCCAUGGGAAUAUACAGAGGCUAAAGAGAGAAUUUUGAGGUGGGUUCAUUUUUAUUUCACUUUUUUCUGGGAGUUGAUAUGGGGUGCUUGCCCUGCUUUGGAUCAUCAAAGAAGGAAGUAAACGGUAGUGACAAUGGAGUCAAAGAAUUGUCAAAGAAGGAGUCUUUUAAAGAAGGUGCGGCAGCUCAGUCUAACAGCCGUGUGAAUAGAGUGAAUUCAGAUAAAUCAAGAUCUCGAAGUAAUGAUUCUAAGAAGGAACCAACAAUUCCGAAGGAGCCAAACAUCGCUGCACAAACAUUUACAUUUCGUGAACUUGCUGCAGCAACAAAGAACUUUAGACCGGAGUGCUUGCUUGGGGAAGGUGGAUUUGGACGUGUUUACAAAGGUCGACUUGAAAGCACGGGACAGGUGGUUGCAGUUAAACAGCUUGAUCGGAAUGGCCUUCAAGGAAAUCGAGAAUUUUUAGUGGAGGUUCUCAUGCUUAGCCUUUUACACCACCCCAAUCUCGUCAACUUGAUAGGGUAUUGUGCUGAUGGUGAUCAACGUCUUCUAGUUUAUGAAUAUAUGCCAUUGGGAUCGCUGGAAGAUCAUUUACAUGAUCUUCCUCCAGAUAAAGAACCAUUGGACUGGAACACAAGGAUGAAGAUUGCUGCUGGUGCAGCAAAGGGCCUAGAAUAUUUGCAUGACAAAGCCAAUCCACCAGUCAUAUACAGAGACUUGAAAUCUUCCAACAUCCUUCUUGAUGAGGGAUAUUUUCCUAAAUUGUCCGAUUUUGGACUUGCAAAACUCGGUCCUGUUGGCGAUAAAACUCAUGUCUCGACGAGGGUGAUGGGUACAUAUGGUUAUUGUGCUCCGGAGUAUGCUAUGACUGGUCAACUUACUUUAAAAUCUGAUGUAUACAGUUUUGGAGUUGUCUUUCUUGAAAUCAUUACAGGCCGCAAGGCCAUCGACAACACACGGGGUGCAGGCGAGCAUAACCUCGUUGCAUGGGCCAGGCCUCUUUUCAAGGAUCGAAGGAAGUUCCCAAAAAUGGCAGAUCCUCUAUUACAAGGUCGCUACCCGAUGCGUGGACUCUAUCAGGCAUUGGCAGUGGCAGCCAUGUGCUUGCAGGAACAAGCUGCCACAAGGCCUCUGAUUGGGGAUGUCGUGACUGCUCUGACGUAUUUGGCAUCGCAAACUUACGAUCCUAAUGCUCCAGCUGCACAGGGUAACAAAGUCGGUCCAUCCACACCAAGGCAUAGGCACGAGCGGAGAGAUACGUCCGACAGAUUGGACAGCAUGGACGAGCCCGGAUAUGGAGGCCACUAUGGUUCCCCUUCAACUCACAAGAAUUCACCUGAUUUCAGGAAGAGGGAAUCGGGCAGAGACUUCAAUACUGGUGGAGAGUUACGUAGGAUUGAAACAGGCACUGGAUCUGGCCGGAAAUGGGGCCUGGAUGAGUUAGAGCGUCCUGAGUCUCAGAGGGGUAGCCCUGGAAGUGCAGGUCGAGCAAGAGAAACUCCAAGGAACCGGGACCUAGACAGAGAGCGUGCGGUUGCUGAGGCUAAGGUGUGGGGUGAGAAUUGGAGGGAGAGAAAAAGAACAAUUGCUGUGGACAGUUUCGAUAGUUCAUAUGAAUGAUUAGUCGAUUGCCCAGUAUUAUGAAACAGCCAUUUAUGUGCUGAGAGUCAUGACAGAGAGAGACCUACAUUGGAGGUGCAGCAUCAAUUACCGGGUUUUUCAAGAGAAGAUUAAGGAAGGCAGCAGCCUCGUUUUCCAUCUUCGCGUUGGUUGCUGUCCUGUAACCAUUCUUGUCGCUCAGUUAUGAGGUAAGAAAAGUUGGGUUUACAGUGGAGAAGGGGAUGAUAAUAGUGAUGGCACUAUUGGUUACAUAUAUAUGUAUUCAAGGACACUGGAGAAUGUUGUAUGGUACAUGUUUAUCUAUGUAUUUAGGGAUUUCUGAGAGGUUUGCUGUGAUAGGAAAGAGAAGUUGGGAAGAAUUUUUUUUCGGCUCUCGCGUUUGUCAUAGGGUUGGGUUGGGGUGGGGUGGGUGUCGGUGUCAAAAGUGUUUUUCAGUUUAUACUGUCCGUACAGUUCCAUGCAUGAUCCUGACAUGAAUGGAUCCAGUCACUCUUGUUUUCCGGCGUA